AUUGUGAUCCAUCAUCAAUUUUCCGUGUUUUCUGAGGCUGGCGGUAUGCAAGUGAGAAUGGAUCCUAAGACUUGGAUUCCUGGACAAAGUUUUAGUGUCACCAUGAGUCCGCUGCCUUCUCAACGGCUUCACGCACCCAUGCCACAAGAUGGAUUAUCCUAUUCCGAGUUAGGACCAAAAACGCUAGCGGAGACAAGACCAUCUAGGACGAAAAAAAGACCGCAUACAAAGUCCCGUCAAGGGUGUCUCAACUGCAAAGCCAGAAGAGUAAAGGUUGCACCCAUACCCCUAUCGGAAAUUUGUCAGGAAACACAGCCUCGCCCGUGUUCUAACUGUGCGGGACGGAACAUGGUGUGUGUAUAUCCAUCGAAAGACCAGGUCCUACGCCGUCGUCGACCUGUUUCAAGUGAACAUCCCCACAGACGAGAGGAAUGGGGUCAUGGAUCCAUCAUUAGCACCUCUACAGCAUCGCCACUAACACGAUGGAAAUCGCUUUCAUACAAUUCUCCGGAUACUUUUUCCGCGGCUGACCUACGGUUCUUACACCACUUCUUGAUCGCCGCAUACCCGCAUCUCCCGUUUGGGAGUGAAGGCAUAUGGAAGACUUCUCUGCCGGCGUAUGCACACGAGUGCCCACAUUUGAUGCACUCAAUUCUCUGCCUGGGGGCUUCUCACCUGUCCCGAAUCACACCGAAUGGCGAUAAAUAUAUGCCUCUGGCCAUAGCACAUAGAGGCAAAGCGCUUAAAGCACUUGGCGAAGCACUCGCCACAAGCGACCAGUGCACCAGGACCGAGCUAGACUUAUUGCUAGCUACUACCUACGCGCUUACAAUUCAGUCUAACUACAUGGAGGACGGGCUGGUCGAUUUCCUCGUCAUGGUUCGAGGCUGUGCGGUUAUCACCUUGCGGAUCCUGGAUAUAUACCAAGGGAGCGAGAUGUUCGACUCCCUCACGUCGGAAGCUAUCUACACUCGUAUCCUGCCUCUUCUCCCGUCGACUACAUGCUGCGAUGCCGAAAUGUUGGAUAUUUCCGUCCUGACGCUUGAAAGUAUCCAACCACUGCUAGUGACUAGAAGUGAUAGGAUAACCUACCAGUCUAUCCUGAACAUAUACAAGGGAUUACAACACUCCGCUCGCAGAGGGUUCAUCGCGUUGAGCGAGAUAUACAAUAGCUGGGUGCGAAUCGGGAGCCAGGAAUUCAUGGAGUUCCUGGAUCCCCGAAGCCACGUCUCGCGAAUGCUGCUUCUUCACUUCGUUGCGAUAACGGUUAUGAUGUGGCCCGUGUUUUGUAUAUUGCGGCCGUUGAUGCUGGAGACACCGAUGGCUGACCUCGCUUGUCGUCAAUGGGGGGCUGACAUAUACCAAAAUCUGCCUUUGGAGAUGCGUGAGCUGGUUGAGUGGCAGGCAGGUUAUAUUGCCUCGGGCGGAGACAUAGCUAAUGCAAUUAAGACCUCGGGUAACGGCCUGGAAAAU